UGUGAGUUGGGUAGCUUAAGUGAAACCUUGAAGCUUGAAUAGGUAACGAAUAACGAAGCUCUCCAACGAGAUUUCUUAACUAUGACGCUCAUCCCAUUUACUUUUACUUAUACUUAUACUUAUAUUUUAUUUACUCUCUUGUAUUUUAUUCUGCUAUCUUCAAACCUAACUUCAGCUGAGGUUUAAUUGCCUUUUAGCUGAUUUCUAGAUAGAUACCUCUUAGCUUUAUGUUAACUAAUUGACCAACGACUUAUAAGCCAACCGGUCAUUCUUCAAAAUGCCGUCCCGAAGCUAUCGCGGCAUUUCUACGUGGCAGUUAUUAAUCACUGGCCUCGCAUUGAGCAAUUCCGGCCUCGCUGUUCCUGUAGACGACAGCCCUCGCCGGUACCUCGCAGCUGGUCUUGAUUUGCCCCCGAAAUAUAGCAAAAGGUCAAAUUCGCCUUAUACACCCGGCUACAGGGACCCCUACGACCGUGCCGUCGAUGCUGUAGGCGAAAAGUUAGAUCCGCUUCCCUACCGCAAUGGACUAGGAGCGUCUGUUCUUGGUCCUUGGAACCGAGAGAGGUCACGCCAGUCUCCGGAUUUAGUGAGACCGCCCAGUACGGAUCAUGGAAAUAUACAAAAUCUGCGCUGGAGUUUUGCUGAUUCCCAUGUGCGCAUUGAGGAAGGUGGAUGGACAAGACAAACCACCGUCCGCGAAUUGGGUGCUAGUGUCGAACUAGCUGCCGUGAACAUGCGCCUUGACAAGGGUGUAAUUCGCGAGUUGCACUGGCAUAAAGAAGCCGAGUGGGCAUUCGUCCUAGAUGGCCAAGUUCGUGUCACUGCUAUCGAUUACGAAGGUGGCAACUUCAUAGACGACCUCAAGAGAGGUGACUUGUGGUAUUUCCCAAGCGGCGUACCUCAUUCCCUUCAAGGACUCGGCGACAACGGCACCGAAUUCCUCUUGAUAUUCGACGAUGGAAACUUCUCUGAGGAAUCGACCUUCAUUAUAUCUGACUGGUUAGCGCACACUCCUAAGUCGGUAAUCUCAAAGAAUUUCAACCUAGCACCCGAAGUGUUCAAGCACCUCCCCGAAGGAGAGAAAUACAUUUUUCAGGGCCGUGAGCCAGGUUCAAUCGACGACGAGAAGCCCACUGGUAAAAAUGUCAAGAAAUCCAAGUACAACUUCGUUCACAGGAUGCUUGACCAAGAACCCCAUAAAACUAGCGGGGGUGAUGUCCGGAUUACAGACUCGAAGAACUUUGAGAUUUCAAAAACCGUGGCAGCAGCUCACGUUACGAUCGAGCCUGGUGCCAUACGCGAGAUGCACUGGCAUCCCAACGCUGACGAAUGGAGUUUCUUUAUUAAAGGUCGAGCACGAGUCACCGUCUUCGCCGCCGAAGGAACGGCUCGAACCUUCGAUUAUGUACAGGGCGACGUCGGCAUCGUGCCCGCAAACAAUGGUCAUUUCGUCGAGAACAUCGGCGACGAGCCGGUCGAGAUGUUAGAGGUUUUCCGUGCAGAUGAGUUUAGGGACUUCUCCCUCUUCCAGUGGUUGGGAGAAACCCCUAAGAAGAUGGUCGUCGAUCAUUUAUUCAAGGACGACCCAGAGAACGGUGAAAUCUUUUGGAAUAGGGUCAAGAGCGCAGAGAAGGAUGAAGUUACUCUUCCCAGCUCUGAUAAUGAAGUAACGUCGGAAGAACGCGAGUUAUAAAUCUGGCUCCAAUAUUUAGUUUCAACGUCUAUUAACCAGUUCUGCGGCGGUUAUUCUACAUUUAAAUCUCUCUGUAUUAUUUCUCAGAUAUUUAUUAGUACUAGGUAUAUAGCUUGAAGAUUUACCGAUGGUUAUUAACAAAUAACGUGGCAAAAACAUCAUAGUUC